AUGGAUGGUUUUGGCGUCUGUGAGAACUUCCAGCGCGCGGUGCAGAUGAAGAAUCUCUCCGAGCCGCUGCAACGCUACGCGCUUGAUCUGCUCUGGAACCAAACAUCUGGCGCUGGCUUCUCUAUCCUUCCCGAACUCAAGCGACAAUGCUAUGAUGCACCACCAAAGUAUCAGUGGGACGGAUACGACAACGCUCAAGUAUGGCUCAGCCUCGAAGCUAGCAACACUUACGGUGUCAAAUCGAUCUAUGCGAACGCUUGGUCGGCGCCUGGGUACAUGAAAACAAACGACAACGAAAGAGCUGGCGGUUACCUGUGCGGAGUAACUGGAACCAAUUGCACGAGUGGCGAUUGGAGACAGGCUUAUGCAAAUUACCUCGUACAGUACAUCACAUACUACAAAGAAUCUGGCGUGAAAAUAAGCCAGGUCGGCUUCUUGAACGAACCCGAUUAUGUCGCCACGUAUUCAAGCAUGCUUAGCGACGGACAACAAGCCGCGGAUUUCAUCAAGAUCCUCAGGCCCACACUCGACAAGGCAGGCUAUACAGAUGUGAAGAUCGCGUGCUGCGACACCACGGGCUGGUCGAAGCAACAGGAACGCAUGUCCGGAUUAAGCAGCGUGAGCAACCUUCUCGGCACCAUCACUUCACACUCCUACUCCUCCCAACCCAUCGAUCCAAUCGACACACCUCACAACGUCUGGCAGACUGAAAACGCCGACCUCUCAGGCCCCUGGGAUGCAACCUGGUACCGCAACGACUCUAAAGGCGAAGGCCUCCUCUGGGCCAACAAGAUCUCAGACGCCAUCACUCUGGGCCAUGUGUCUGCAUAUUUCUACUGGAUCGGCGUGCAAGGCGGGCCAACGAAUUCCAAACUCGUCCGCAUCUCAGAUGACAAGACUACCGUGACUCCGAGUAAGCGCUUUUGGGCCUUCGCCAACUGGAGCAGACAUGUUCGACCUGGUGCGGUUAGAGUUGGAGCGACUGGUGGACCGAGUGAGGCGAAGGUCACGGCGUUUAAGAACGUGGACGGGAAGAUUGCUGUGCAGGUGAUUCAGGGUGGAGACAGGUCGGAGGUCGUGACAGUCAAGGUUGAUGGGUUUAAGAGUGGAGCUGCGAAGGCUUGGAUCACCAAUGGCGAGCAUGAUGUAGAUGAGCAGGCUGUUACAUUGGCCUCGGAUGGAGGGAGUGCGAGUGCGCAGGUACCUGGGAGGAGCAUGGUAACUUUUGUGUUGGAGCCUGCGAAGUAG